AUGUCGUCCUCGACGAAGACGUCGGCUCCAUUGAGCUUUGAGGGCCCGAUGGAGUGUGCACUUACGGGCAAAUCCCUCCUCACAACACCUCAAUUCAACAAGGGCCCCGCUCACACCAAGGAAGAACGCCAGAUCUUCGGCCUAGACGGUCUCCUCCCGGUGCAGAUCUCGACUCUCGAACUACAGGUGCAGCGAACCUACGAACAGUACAAACAGCAUGGAUCGGAUAUGGACAAGAAUAUCUUUCUCAAUGCGUUGAAGGAGCAGAAUCAUGUGCUGUUUUACCGGUUGGUGGGGGAGCAUUUGAAGGAGAUGAUGCCUGUUAUUUACACACCAACAGAAGCCGAAGCAAUUCAAACCUUCUCCCAUCACUUCCGUGCACCCGAAGGCUGCUUCCUCAACAUCGGCGACCCAGACCGUAUCGAAAAGGAUCUUGCAGGAUGGGGCACGGCUGAUGAUAUUGACUACGUUAUCGUGUCUGACGGUGAAGAAAUCCUCGGUAUUGGCGAUCAGGGCGUCGGUGCAAUCGGGAUCUCGACAGCAAAGGCGGCUUUGAUGACAUUGUGUGGUGGAUUGUACCCGAACCGUAUCCUUCCUGUAGUGUUGGACGUCGGAACUGAUAAUGAGGGUUUCCUGAAAGAUGAGAUGUACAUGGGCCUCAAACACAAACGCAUCCGGGGAAAACAAUACGACGACUUCCUCGCCCGCUUCGUCUCCGCCGUUCAAAAGCUCUUCCCGAACGCCAUCCUCCAUUUCGAAGACUUCGGUCUAUCGAACGCCCGUCGACUCCUCGAUACGUACCGCUCUCAGCUCCCGUGCUUCAACGAUGAUAUCCAAGGUACAGGUGCGGUGACGGUCGCGGCGAUUAUGGCGGCGAUGAUUGUUACGAAACAGAAGUUGGGGGAGCAGAGGAUUGCGAUGUUUGGGGCUGGGACUGCGGGGACGGGGAUUGCAGAUCAUCUUGUUGCUGCGAUGGUGUUUGAGGGGAAGGAGGAAGAGGAAGCGAGGAAGCAGAUUUGGUUGGUUGACAAACCUGGUCUUCUGCUUGAGAGUCAUGGAGACAAGUUGACGGAUGGACAACGUCCUUAUGCUCGUCCAGACUCCGAGUGGGAUAACGAGAAGUCAGAUAAGGGGAUUGAUCUUUUGACCACAGUGAAGAAGAGCAAGGCGACGGUCUUGAUCGGCUGCUCAACCCGCCCCAACUCCUUCACCGAAGACAUUGUCAAGGCCAUGUCUAGCAACACCGACUCCCCAUUGAUCCUCCCCCUCUCCAACCCGACAAAACUCCACGAAGCCAAGCCCGAAGAUAUCAACGAAUGGUCAGAAGGCAAAGCACUCAUCGCUACUGGAUCUCCCUUCCCACCCGUCAAAAGGGGGAAGGAUGGGGAGGAGUAUGAAAUCGCGGAGGCGAAUAAUGCAAUGGUGUAUCCUGGGGUUGGGCUUGGUGCGGUAUUGACGAGGGCAAAGCGGAUUUCGGAUGAGAUGCUCGCUGCGGCGGCCAGAGCAUUGGCACAGGAGUCACCCGCCCGGGAGGAUAUCAAUAAGGCUUUGCUACCCGACGUGGCCAUCGUCCGUCAUGCCUCGAAGAAGGUCGCGAUGGCAGUUGUGCGGCAAGCUGUCAAGGAAGGUCUCUCACGCAUCCCCGACAUUCCCAUCGACAAUGAUGAUGAACUGGAGAUGUGGGUUGAGAAGCAGAUGUGGAAAGCAGAAUAUAGACCAUUGAAGAAAGUCGAGUGGAGUGAAGCUCGACGAAGCGCGAAGGGAGAGUUGGGCGUGGGUAGGAGGGGAUAA